CUGAACACCAGCCGAAAGCCUGGUCCCCCGGCAGCGCGGUCACCGGCCGGCUGCAGUAUCGUGGCGGCGCCUCCGGGUGCCGCUGUUGGCCGACGCGGAGCGGCGCUGGAGCCGCAGCCGCAGCCGGAGCCGGCGCAGCGUCAGGAGGGAGGAGCGCGGCGAGCGCUGGCGAGAAUGGCGGUCGGUGAGAGGCAGCGGGAGAGUGGGAGCCGGCGGCGAGCAGGCGGGCGAGUGCUGGUGCUGCUGCUGGGCGCUUUGCUGCUGGGCUUGUGCUGCCGGGCGGCGGCGGCGGCGGCGUCGGAGCGGAUCCGCUACGCCAUCCCCGAGGAGCUGGGCAGAGGGUCGCUGGUGGGGCCGCUGGCGCGGGACCUGGGGCUGAGCCCGGCGGAGCUGCCGGCGCGCAAGCUGCGUCUCAGCGCGGAGAAGCAAUACUUCGGCGUGAGCGGGGAGAGCGGGAACCUGUACGUGAGCGAGAGGCUGGACCGGGAGGAGAUGUGCGGCGAGUCGGCGUCCUGCUCCGUCAGCUUCGAGGCGCUGGUGCAGAACCCGCUCAACGUUUUCCACGUCGAGGUGGCCAUCCAGGACAUCAACGACAACGCGCCGACCUUCAGCAAGGCUGCUCUCGACCUCGAGAUCGCAGAGUUGACGCUCCCUGGUGCUCGUUUUCCGCUGGAGAUGGCCCGAGACGCGGACGUGGGCAGCAACUCUCUGCUGACGUACCAGCUCACUGGCAACCCGGCCUUCACUCUGGACGUCAAGGAGAGCCCGGAUGGAAGCAAGUGGCCGGAAUUAGUGCUGGAGAGAAAGCUGGACCGGGAGAAGCAGAGCUCCUUUGAGCUGGUGCUGACGGCGGUGGAUGGCGGGGAUCCCGUGAGGUCGGGGACUGUCCAGAUUCGCGUCAACGUGACGGACGCCAACGACAACGCGCCCGUGUUCGGCAAAAGCCUCUACGAGGCCCAAGUGCGUGAGAACGUGCCGGCGGGGUCGCUGGUGCUGCAGGUGCGAGCCACGGAUGCGGACGCGGGCUCCAACGGGCGGGUCUCGUACUCCUUCGGCAACGUCCCGGACGACGUCCGCGCCUUGUUCAGUGUCGAGAGCGAGAGCGGCGAGGUGAGGACAGUGGGGCCUCUGGAUUUCGAGGAAAAGAGUAGAUACAGCUUCGGGCUGGAGGCGAGGGACGGCGGCGGACUCACGGCUCACUGCAAGGUGCAGAUCGACAUCAUCGACGAGAACGACAACGCGCCCGAGAUCACGGUGUUGUCGGUGUCGAGCCCGGUGCCCGAGGACGCCCCCGCCGGCACCGUGGUGGCCCUGCUGAACGUGAACGAUCCGGACUCCGGGGAGAACGGUCAGGUGUGGUGCGAGCUGUCGGGCGAGGCGCCGCUGUCGAUCGUGGCGUCGUCGGGCGGCUCGUACAAGGUGGUGACGGCGAGCGCGCUGGACCGUGAGCAGGCGUCCGAGCACCGCGUGACGGUGGUGGCCAGGGACCGGGGCAGCCCGCCGCUGUGGAGCCGCGCGUCGCUGGUGCUGGAGGUGUCGGACGUGAACGACAACGCGCCGGUGUUCGAGGAGGCGGCCUACAGCGCGUACGUGGCGGAGAACAACGCGGCGGGCGCGUCGGUGGUGCGCGUGCAGGCGCGGGACGCGGACGCGGGCGCCAACGGCCGCGUGAGCUACUGGCUGGCGGGCGGCAGCGCGGGCGCGGCGGCGUACGUGUCGGUGGAGGCGCGGAGCGGCGCGGUGUACGCGCAGCGCUCCUUCGACUACGAGCAGUGCCGCGAGUUCUCGGUGGCGGUGCGGGCGCAGGACGGCGGGGCGCCGGCGCGGAGCUCCACGGCCACGGUGCGCGUCUUCGUGCUGGACCGCAACGACAACGCGCCGCGCGUGCUCUGGCCGGCGCCGGGAGACGCGGCGGCGUCGGGGGCGUCGGGGGCGUCGGGGCCGUUCGAGGUGGUGCCGCGCUCUGCCGAGGCCGGGUACCUGGUGGCCAAGGUGGUGGCGGUGGACGCGGACGCGGGGCGCAACGCGUGGCUGUCGUACGAGCUGGUGCAGGCGUCGGAGGCGGCGCUGUUCCGCGUGGGGCUGCACAGCGGCGAGGUGCGGACGGCGCGGGCCGUGUCGGAGAGGGACGCGGCGAAGCAGCGGCUGGUGGCCGUGGUGAAGGACCACGGGCAGCCGGCGCUGUCGGCCACGGCCACGCUGCACGUGGUGCUGGCCGAGAGCUUGCAGGAGGCGCUGCCGGAGCUGAGCGAGCGGGCGGCGGGCGCCGACUCGCCGGCCGAGCUGCAGUUCUACCUGGUGCUGGCGCUGGCGCUCCUCUCCGCCCUCUUCCUGCUCAGCGUGGCGCUGGCCGUGCUGGCGCGGCUGCGCCGGGCCGGGCCGCCCGCCGUCCUGCGCUGCCUGGGCGCGCAGCGCUUCUCCGUGGCCGGCGCCGCCUUCCCGGCCGACUUCUGCGAGGGCACCUUGCCCUACUCCUACAACCUGUGCGUGGCGCCGGGACGCGCCCUCGCCCAGCCCGCUUGGCCCUCGCCGCCGCCUCUGCCCGUCGUGCCCGCGGAGGAUCUGCUGGGCGCGGAGCCCUGCGGGAAGCCGAGCCCGAGCAUCAGCGCCGGCGCGGGAGAGCCGCCCGCCGACCCCGACGCCCCGCAGGUCUGUAAGCCCGCGCGCUCUCCCUCUUUUCCCUGAGCUGUGCUCAACCUCCCUCCCUAGUCCCCUGGGUUUUCGGCGGGGGUUCUUCUUCCAUAAAUUACUCCCUUCCUUUGAGAUGAAGCUGUUGCAUUCCUUUUUUUUUUCGGUGAUUAAAGCGAUUAGACCUGGUCGGUUCGGGUUCUACAGCUCUCAUUUUGCGAAAUUCGUACGAGUCUGUAAUAGAGAAGGGGAAUCCUCACUGUGUAGAACGACAUGCGCUGCUUCUGCAUGACAGACUCGGGACUGACACUUGGAGUUAGCGGUGGUUCCAUUCCGGACGAUUUUCCCCGGAACUGUAUUGGUGGACCUGGUUGAUUGUUGGACACAAACAGGUUUAUUAAUGCUUUUCCAACCCGUUGGUGAACGCUUUUUAGUCCUCGACUCGUGUGUUUGGCUCCAUGAAUGGAUAAGAAGCAAACUUCUUCGCUAGUGAAAUGGGAGACUAUCGUCCAUCAUUUUGGGGAAUGUUGCUGGUAUGAAUUGUGGGACGGCUUAAAUUAUUGUGAUUGGGAGUGCUGAUCCUUGUCUCCUUGAGGGAAGGAACCGAGUAUCCCCCUUCUGCUCACAGCAGAAAUCAAUUGGAGGCACUUGUUGGUUUUUCAGUGGUCACAGGUUCAGGUGAGAGGUUUUGACUACAGCUCCUUCAGGAACGAAAAUGUAGUGCAGGUCUGGCGUCAGAAGGAAAGAUCUGUGUGGCUCCACAAAUGGAAAAACUACAGGUUGUUUCUCCUCACUGUUAGAGAAUGUGCUGCCUUUUCCGCCGUCUGUCCUCUCUUCAUCCAUUGGAGGAAGCCUGCUGUAAAAAUGGAAGCAUUAAUGGGAUGGAUUAAUAUAGUCCUUUUUUUUACCCUUUCCUGAUCUGUCUUUCAUCCAUACGUGAAGAUGUAGAAUGCGAUCUCAAAAAAAAAAAAAAAAAAAAAAAAAAACAGAAAAUAACCGCGUUUAGUAUUUCAGAGCCUGUCUUCUCCUUUUCCAAAGAGUGGUGCUUGGACCUAGUUCAUUGCGUUGACAGGGGAACACUAUACUGAGGAAUUGAGUCUGUCAGACACGUUUUGAAACAGUUGUUGGGUCUGCCGGUUUAAAAGCGGAGGCUUCUAGUCAGUCUGAGGACAUAGGUAAAGCGAAGAGGAUAUACACAAAGAAACAGCAAUUGCUAAUGAACAUCAAUCUCUUACACCGUGUUUUGUGAGAAGAA